AUGGCUGCAGUCGCCAAACCAACGUCUGCUGCUGAGCCCAAGGUUCAGCAAGCAGAGAAGUCUGAGAAAGGCACAAGGCCUGAGAAGCCAAAUGAAGAUGCCUACAAGGCUGAUUUGGCUCUGGCCGAAAAGGAGCUUGCGUCGAUUCAACAAAAAUUGGACGCAGUGAAGUCGAAGCUCGAUCUCGCGACCCCAAACAACCAAGAUUCACCCGUUGCGAAGAAGCAACAGGAACUCCGCUCCCAGCUUGCGUCCAUCCGUCAACAGCAACAGGGUUUCAAAGCGUCACGCGUCACUUUGCAGGAAAAGAUCACCGCCCUCGAUUCGUCUAUCAAAGCUCGCAUUGCCGAGCAAAAGACCGCCCGAGGCCGUGUUGGCUUCAAAAACGUGGAAGAAAUUGACCGAGAGAUUCAGCGUCUCGACAAGCAAGUUGAUUCUGGCAUGAUGAAACUCGUUGACGAAAAGAAAGCUCUUGCAGAAAUCUCAAACCUGCGAAAACAGCGAAAAGGCUUCUCUGGUUUUGAAGACAGUCAGAAGCAUAUCGACGACCUCAAGACCCAGCUGGCCACCUUGAAAAAGGGGCUUGACAACCCGGAACAAAAAGCACUCAGCGAAAAAUAUACUUCCCUCCAAAAAGAGCUGGACGACAUCAAGGCCGACCAAGACGGUGUUUUCAAAAACAUCAAGUCUCUCAGAGAGGAAAAGAGCCAGCUUCAAGGCCAGGCACAAAAGGCUCGUGCUUCGAUCAGAAGUAUCAAGGAUACCUUCCACACCAGUCGCAAGGCUUAUAGAGAAUAUGAGCGCGAGUUGGAGAACGCGCGCCGGGAACGUCAAAGAGCUGAGCGGGAGAAGUAUGAGCGCGAGCGAAAGAAGAAGAUUGCCGACAAGAAGCUAGAGGAAGCCUCUCGACCAGCCUACACGGACGAAAUACUCACCGCUCAAGGACUCAUUCGUCACUUUGAUCCUAACUACGAUUUGUCGUCUCUCGGCCUUGAUGAUGUUAAGAAGACAUUAUCUGGGAACUUCCGUGCUGAAGUUGGUCGAACCGUCGACGAUUCCAACAUUAAGGGGGUCCGAGUCCUCAAAAAGGAAGACCGUGACGAUGACUACUUUGUUGGCCGUGGAGGAAAGAAGAACAAGAAGGGCAAGAAGGGAGCAUCCAACGAUGUUAAAUCGCAGUUUAACUUAAGCUUCGGUGUCAUCGAAGAGCUGUCUCGAGUCAAAGUGGACCCUCCUAUGACCCAAUCUGAUGUCCCUGGCGUGAUUGAGAAGCUUGUCGAGAAACUUCAGGAUUGGAAGAAGAACCAAGCCGCCAAAACCGAAGAGAACAUCAAAAAGGCAAAGGAAGAGCUGGCUAAGUUGGAGGAUGAUACCCCUGUCAAUGGUUCAACUGAUCAUGCAAAGAAGGCAGCAAUCCAGAACGCUGGAGUCAACGGCCAUGUUUCUGCUGAGGCUGAACUCCGACAAGAAACAGAUGCUAUUGCCGAUGUCGCUGAAGAGCUCAAGGAUGCCAAACUUGAAGAUGGAAACUAG